AUAAGAUGUAAAAUUGCACUUGUCAAGUUGUCCUCGAUUGUGGGCGAAGCUUGGUUGUCGGAAUAUAGUCCUGAGUCAGUUUUAGUCAUCUAGGCGUCCAUUUCCUGCAUAUCGUCGCAUGUGGCUACGCAACAGCGCCAACAAAGUAAUCUUGUUAUUCCAUAGAGAAUUCUAGUUCAUUGCUGACGAGCAGUUUCGUGGUGUUAUUUUCAUAAUACAUUUGAUCAAGAGGGUCAACAAGUAUAGUAUUCAAAAUCUCCUUGCGUUAUGUCUGCCUCGAUUGGCGUUAGUGUGCCAGAUUCGGUAAUACAAAGCUCUGAUAAAUCGAAAAAGUUCACGGUCUAUAAGCUCGUUGUACAAGUUGGCAACAAGACUUGGUUUAUUUUUCGUCGUUAUAAUGAAUUCCACAAUCUUUAUGAAAAAGUAUUUAAAAAGAAGUAUCCAGAGUUGCACUUCAAGUUGCCUAGUAAACGCAUUUUGGGCAAUAAUUUUGAUCCUGAGUUCAUUCGUGCAAGAAGAGAAGGCCUUAAUGAUUUUGUUACCAAGCUACUGGCAAUUCCAAACAUUACUGAGCAUACACUUGUUCGUGAGUUUCUGUCCAUUGACAAUCCUCGUAAUGCUUCGGUUCAUGACGAUGAUAAUGAACACGAAAGCAAUGGUGUUGGUAACGAAAACUCAGAAUACUUGGCAAAAGAUAUGGAAAAGAUGGACCUUGCAGGAACAAUGAACCCCAAAGCUAAACCAAAUGAUUUUGACUUCUUAAAAGUUAUCGGAAAGGGAAGCUUUGGAAAGGUUUACUUAGCAAAGCAUAAACAAGAAGAUAAGUUCUACGCUGUAAAAGUGUUGAAAAAGGCUGCCAUAAGAAAGCGAAAUGAGGCAAAACACAUCAUGGCAGAGAGAAAUGUACUUUUAAAGAAUCUUUCUCAUCCAUUUCUUGUGGGUCUUCAUUACUCAUUUCAAACACACGAUAAACUUUAUUUUGUCCUUGAUUAUGUCAACGGUGGUGAGUUGUUUUUUCAUCUUCAAAGAGAAAGAUAUUUUCCAGAAUCAAGGGCGAAAUUCUAUGCAGCUGAAAUAGCAUCUGCCAUUGGCUAUCUUCAUUCAUUACAAAUAAUAUACAGGGAUUUAAAACCUGAAAAUAUUUUGUUAGAUCAGAAGGGUCAUGUUGUACUGACCGAUUUUGGACUUUGCAAAGAAGGAAUUGAAGACUAUGGUACAACAUCGACAUUUUGUGGAACACCGGAGUACUUGGCACCUGAAGUAUUAAAGAAACAAGAAUAUGAUAAAUCUGUCGACUGGUGGUGUCUUGGAGCUGUUACGUAUGAAAUGAUGUAUGGUUUGCCACCAUUCUACAGCAGAGAUACAGCAGAAAUGUACGACAAUAUUUUAUACAAACCUUUACGAUUACGAACGAACAUUUCACAAAGCGCGAGAUCUUUAUUGGAAGGAUUGUUGCAGAAAGAUCGCGCCAAACGCCUUGGAGCGCUCGAUGGAGACUUUGAGGAAAUAAAGAACCAUUCCUUCUUCAGAACCAUAGACUGGGACGCAUUGUACAACAAGAAUAUUGAACCGCCUUAUAAUCCAAACGUGAGUGGUCAUAUGGAUUUAAAACAUUUCGAUCCAGAAUUUGUUCGCGAGCCAGUACCACCUUCUGUUGGAAAAUCACAAAAUUCGAAUAUUUGCUGCAGCGUUGGCGAUCCUGAUGAUGCGUUUUUGGGCUUUACGUAUGUACCACCUUCAGAGGAUCUUGUGGAAUAAUGUAGGAUCCAUGUUCCAUCUUCGGAGGAUCUUGUGGAAUAAUAUAGGAUCCCAUGAAAUGUCGUAUUUAAUUGACCGUUUGUACUCUGCCGUAUUAGCUGAUUAUGAUUAAUCAUUUUCAGUAUUUGAUCACACGUGGGCACUAUUGCGGUCAUUCUAAUUGAGGGCGCAUCCUCAAAUCGCGUGAUACAUAGCUUCCAGUCAGACAUUUAUCGCGCAACGGGCUGGUUUUGUUUCGGAAACUUCAGAAUGCUUUUGUUGUUUGUGUUGUGUAAAGUUAUUUCGUAAUUCUUGCGAUUCUAAUGAUAAUACACGAGUGUCGACAGAAAAUGCAUAAACCUGUAUAAACUCGCACUAUUUAAAGGUAAUUUGAAAAUCAAA